AUGGCCGCUGCAGGGUCCCGCCCGCUCCAGUUCGCCGACGGCGCCGUAUUCCCCGCCUUCCGGCCAGUCCACGCCACCGGGCCCUUUCCGCCACCCCCAGGCACCGGGGCUGGCCUGCUCCCCGCGGGCCCGCACUCCGAGCGCCGCGCCCACGCGCCCCACGCCGGCUUUCUCUCCCGGGACCCUGUGCCGGCCGCGCCGCCACCAGCCAGCCUGGGCUCGCCGGCGCCGCCUAAAGGCGCGUCGGGCGCGUCGGCGUCGCAGCGCCGCAAGCGCACCUCGUUCAGCCCCGAGCAGCUGCGGCUGCUAGAAUUGGUCUUCCGCCAGACCAUGUACCCCGACAUCCACCUGCGCGAACGCCUGGCCGCACUCACCUUGCUCCCCGAGUCCAGAAUCCAGGUGAGCUGCCCUCCGCGUUCGCAGGUGUGGUUCCAGAACAGGCGUGCCAAGUCCCGGCGACAGAGCGGGAAAUCCUUCCAAGCCUGCAGCAGGCCGGAGCUUUUCCCCAACCCCUGUGCUCCUGCAGCACCCGCGGUGAAAUGUUUGAAGCCCCAGCUGCCUCCGGAGAGCGCCCUGAACUGCUUGCCAGAUCCCAGCGGAACUGGAGGGGGCGUGCCUGACUCUAACCUCCAAGGCCAGCAUUUUGAAACCUAUUCCCCUCUCUCUGAAAACACGGGAUCAAAGCUGGACUCAUGGGAGGAACACGUCCUUUCGGCCUUCGGCAACUUCUGA